AUGACAGUUGUUACAGCAUCAUCCGACCAUACAACUGUGUGGGAGGAAGGCAGCCUUGGGACUAAUUGCAACUACAUGAACAGUGCUGACAAGGUUGGAUUCCAAGAAUACAGCCUGCACAAAGCCAAACAAUUCAAGUUCCCUGAUGGCCAAUUGACCCCAAAGGAAGUGAAGACCUCCGGUGUCAGCAUCUCCCUUCUAGCAGGAACUGGGAAGAAAAGUUCCAAACUCCUUGUAUCUGCUCAGUAUAUGAUGUCAGCUCUCAAUGACACCACAUUCUCACAUGCCGUGUUUCUUCUCACCAGGAUACUUGGGCAGGAAAAUGCCCAUCUCUGGAUCGCUAUCACCUUCAGCUUAAUUUAUGUUACUGCGAUAGUAGGUAAUUCAGUCAUUCUGUUCAUUAUAAAAACAGAUCCAAGCCUCCAUGAGCCCAUGUACAUUUUCCUUUCCAUGUUGGCCCUCACAGACCUUGGCUUUUUGAUAGCCACCAUGCCAACCACCCUGGGCCUUUAUUUCUUUAAUUUUAGGGAGAUCAACCUCCACGCCUGUUUCCUCCAGCUGUACUUUGUUGGCUUCCUUCUGUACACUGAAUCUGGUGUGCUCUUGUUGAUGGCCUUUGACCGCUUCAUCGCCAUCAGUAACCCACUGAGAUACGCCUCCAUCUUAACCCUGCCGAGAAUAGCCAAGAUGGGGCUGGUGAGUGUGAUAAGAGCACUUACUGUGGUAAUCCCACUCCCUGUUUUCCUGAGGCAGUUCCAAUACUGUCAAUCCAAUGUCCUCUCCCAUUCCUACUGCCGGAAUGAGGACAUUGUGAGGUUAGCUUGUUCGGAUGUGGGAUUAAGAGGCAUGUACGGCAUGAUCACUAAAAUCUUAACAAGGGGCUUGGACUUGCUGCUUAUCUUCUUCUCUUAUGUGAUGAUCCUCAAAACCGUGCUGAGCAUCGCGUCCCAAGCGGAGUGCCUCCGGGCUCUGAACACCUGUGUCUCCCACCUCUGCGCCGUCCUGCUCUUCUACACACCAGAUUUCAGCCUGUCUGUGAUAACCAGAUUUGUGAAGGACGCAUCUCCUUUGCUUCGGAUUAUUCUGAGCUACGUCUCCCUGCUUGUCCCACCCCUGAUGAACCCGAUCGUGUACAGUGUGAAAAGCAAACCCCUGCGUGAGAGGAUAAUCAAGGUGUUCAUCAAGUGA